ACGCGCAGUGCAACGUCGUGUUGUCACGUGCAUUUUUUGGCCAAUCAGCAGCACGGAAGAUUCGGUUUCAUAACAAACACUUCUACCUUCUAACUUGUACACUUUAGACUCACUUACAAGAACAUUACUUAACAAGAUGGCCCUUGCCCUUACUGACAGGGCUAUUGGGGCAAUCAUUGGUGCGGCUGUUGCCGAUGCGGCAGCACAACCACUUCACUGGGUCUAUGACUUGCAGAAACUCAGUGUGAUAUUGUCUGAAAUGUCUCAGCCUGAAUUUCGGUCAGAGUCUGCCAAUCCAUUCUAUAGAAGAAACACAGGACAGCAGAGCUGCUAUGGAGAUCAAGCUUUUGUGCUUCUGGAGUCCCUGUCUGAGUGUGGAGGUCUGGAUGUGGAAGACUUGAAGCAUCGCACCUACAAGUUUUUUGGUCCUGGAUCUGAAUAUGACACGCCACUCAAUGAUCCAUACAGAGACAAAGGAGCUCACAGGCCUCAGCUACCUAUUGAGGGACCCUGGAGACAGUCAAGCCUUAAGAGCUUUAUUAAAAACGUGGAUGCAGGCAAGGCAGAGACAGGUUGUGAAACUGAUAACCAAAUGGAUGGAGUGGCAAAGCUGGGUCCCAUUGUAGCCUGCUAUGCUGGAAAGCCAGAGAUGUUGGAGAGGGUUGAGGACGCCAUCCGUGUCACUCAAAACAAUGACACGUGUGUGGCCGUAACUCUUGCUGCUGCACGGUUUCUGGAGCAUUUCAUCCUGAAUGGUCCUGAUCCGAAGGCACUGGAUGCAGUACUGGAACAGCUCAAUGACACAAACAGAAAAAACCCUCAGGAGUUGGACAAAGCUAUAGCCGGGCAAAUUCAUCAAGUAAAGGAGAAUCUGAGCAAGAAACCCAAAGAGCUUAUUCCAGCUGUGUUUUCAAACACCUGAGGUUUGCCUGGUGCAUUUCAGGCAGCAUUGCAUGGAGUUCUGACAGCCAGUGGCUAUGAGCAGGCUAUCCGGGACACCAUGAGCUGUGGGGGAUGCACCUCUAGCAGGAGCUCAUUCAUUGGAGCAUGCAUUGGGGCUCAGAUUGGGCUUGAAGGAAUCCCAUCUUCAUGGAAGAGCAAGACUUUGCGAUACAACACUUUGCUCAGUCUAUCAAAGAAAUUGUUAAUCUAAAUGUUUUUUGUUGCCAAGCAAGUGGAUAAAUAGUUAUUUUCUUAUUUAUGCAACACUUCAUCUUCCAUGGCAGUUGUGCUUUGAUAUGACAAUUAAUGAAAGUUUUAGCUUUAAACAAUAUAAGGCUGUAACAUGAUACCUUUUGUUUUAUCAAAGCACAGCAUGACCAUGCUGAAAAUGACAUGCAUUGUGGCAUUAAGCAGAAAGGAAAGUUAAGGCGCUUUUAGGCUAAUGAUGCCAUCUAGGGGACAUAAAGAACAAUGACGUUAAGAGUGCAAUCACAAAACAUUUUAUGCCAAAUUAAAAACAGCAUUGCAUUAAAAUACAGAUAGAUAAAAAUCAAUAGUAGUAAUAUUAAAUACAAACAGAAACCUUGAUUAGUAAGAAAAAUAGAAUAGUGCAUUUGAUUUUCUCAUUGUGUGGGUAGUUUCGGCAAGAAAUACUUAAAAUGUAUGUUUUUGUGAAUAAAAUAUUUUCAAUGCAAUACAAAGAUGUUAAGAAUAAGUUCAACAGUAUGGAUACCAGUGGAAUAAAACAUGCGCCUGUUGGCAGGUAUAUUGGGGAAUGCAUAGCUUAUUAUAGAUUGGACUGUUUUGUAGGAGAGUAAAUACACAAGACUAGACGACCUUUAAUUUCUUUGUAUAUUCUAUAUAAUGGUGUACUGCUGGGGUUAUUUCAUUAUUAAUAAAAAUAUUAAAUUAAUUAAAUGAUGUAUUUAUUUAUUUAUAAUAAAUAAAUAUUUAUAAUGUUGUUUAUUUUAUUAUUAAAAAUAAACAAUAUAUUUUAAUUCUUAAACAUUUA